AUGAAUCAAAAGAUAUCAAUAUCUAAUGUAUUGAAUAAAAAAAUAUUUGCUAUUGUUACAACCAACAGAGCCAGAAUAAUUAUAAUAAUUGAUGCAAUCAUUUGGCUAGGAAGGCAGGGUCUAGUAAUAAAAGCUCAUAGAAUAUCUGCUGGCCCCUUAACAUUGACAUACUCUUCUCAUAAUGAAGGGAAUUUUAAGGAAUUGUUGAAACUUUUAUGCAAUAAUAAUGAUAACUAUAUAAAUCUUUUUGAAAGCUCUGCUAAAAAUGUCACCUACCAUAGUCCAAGUAUUAAAAAUGAAAUAUUAGCCAUAUGCAAUAGAUUCAUAUUGAAAGAAAUUUCUACAAAAGUGAAAGCAUUACCAUUUUUUAGUGUUUUGGCGGAUGUGACUUCGGAUGUUGGUAACAUAGAGCAAUUAUCCAUAGCAGUAAGGUUUAUUGAUAUGGAAUCAGGUGAUUUCAAAAAGGAACUCUUUGUUCAAUUUAUUGACUUACAUGACACUAAAUCAGAGACGAUAGCCAAAGAAAUUUUAGCAUCCCUUCAAGACUUAGAUUUAAAUUUAAAUCUAAUGAGAGGCCAAAGAUAUGAUGGAGCUCACUCGAUGAGUGGUCACGUUAAAGGGGUGCAGUCAAGAAUUAGAGAACUUUAUAGCACAGCUCUAUAUGUUCACUGUAGUACACAUUGCCUAAAUUUGAUGAUAUCUGAGGCAUGCGGAAUUCGAGACAUCCGGAACAGUUUACGUAUAUUUUAA